AUGUUGAAUAGUUUCAGGGAGCUUUUGUAUCAUAACUGUGCUCAAAUUCAAUAUUUAUUGAGAAAUUACUAUGAAGAUGAGGAAACUUGUAAAGACAUCGAAAACAUAAUUGAAAUUAGUAGCAAGAGUUUGAAGACUGGUGGUAAAGUAAUUAUAGUUGGAUGUGGAAAAUCCUAUAAGAUUGCCAGUAAAAUUGUAGUCAUGUUAAACUCAUUAGGUAUGAGUAGUACACUAUUGCACCCAAUUGAAGCUAUCCAUGGUGAUAUGGGUGUUAUUAGGGAAGGUGAUGUAAUCUGGAUGUGUUCACAUGGAGGUGAGACAUUAGAAGUAAUUAAAUUUAUUGAACUGGUUCAUAAAGUAUGGUCCUGUAAUGCAAUUACCACUAUUGGUAUAACUAGUAAAGAAGAAAGCACAGUUUCACGUAUAUGCGAUCAUAAAAUAGUAAUCAAACAAUAUAUUAAAGAAGAUAUAUUACAAAGAGGAUUAAAGACCCCUACUAUAUCUACAUCAUCUAUGUUAAUUGUACUAGAUUGUAUUGUAAUGAGUAUGAGUGAAGUGUAUUAUAAUUAUGAUUACGAGUCAAGAUUGAGAUUUUUCAAUAAGAAUCAUCCAGGAGGGUCAAUAGGGUUCCAACUUGAAAAUGAUGAUACAGAUAAAGACAAGACUAGAGUCGUAGAUAAAGAUGAUUGGGUUGGAACAAGUGAGAUCUGUAUUUCAGGAGAUGAAAGUAAUCAAAUGGUACUAGAGAAGAGUAUUUUGUACGACUAUAUUAUAAUUAGGGAUAAGAUAAGGAUACCUUCGAUAUGUGUGCAAAAUAAAUAUAAGGAAUUCAGCAACAACGGUUGGUAG